UUAACCUUGGAUUAUCCUUUACAGCAUGUUUGGUUCAAUGUAAUGGCUAUGCCAUUACAACCCUAUUCCGUGGGCCCACUCUAAACACAUGUUUGGUUCAAUGGAAUGCCCUAUUACGGGCUUAUUCCAUUACAUGCCUAUGCAGUAAAUUGUCUAAUUUCUAUUCUGUUUCCUCACCACCGAUUACAGAUUCGGUGUUUAAGGAACCCUUCACGCUCCCCACUUUGCCCUCAGUUCCUUCUAUAUCCCUCACUUCCAGUUUUUCCGUCAUUUUUUUUCUGCUUUCUUUUUCUUUCUCUCAAUAGAGUUUUUCUUUUCCUUUCUUCUGUUUCUUUUCUUUAUCUAUACCAUCGAUUGUUGGAAAGAGCAAGAGGGUUCUUAGAGGGGGAUUGAAAUCUAAAUCGAAAACUGAAAAUGUUGAGGGUAAACCGAGUGAUAUACCAGGCACGAGCUUCGAUUUCAAAUUGCCAAUACCUCCUAAGUCAUGACCCAAAGAUUUUCCCUUCCCCUCCUUAACAUUUCGCUUAAAAAUCAUCCAUUCGCUUCUUCGAUAUUUUCAAGCUUGCAAGCAAGGAAAAAAUCGAGAAAGAACGGGCAAGACUGGCAGUGCUGAUGAAUUGAAUAGAGGAUAUUUUGAUGAUAUGUCUGAGCUAAAACAACACGGUGGUAAGAUUGCACUGGCAAAUAAGAUUCUAAUUCGAAAUGCAGUAAGGAAGUUUCCUGCCAUGAAUGUUAUAUAUUCUGAUGGUAGAAAAUCAAAGCUGCCGAUUGUUUUUUAUGCAAGUGGCGUUGAUGCUAGCAAUUUGGUUGUCCCUGAAGCAUCUUUAGUUUGUCUAUCCUUUAGAGCAAACUCUCAGGCUAUGGUAGAUUCUUGGAGCAAGCCUUUUUAUGACGCCUUUAGUGAGUCCAAGAGCGUGCAGCUAUAUGAGGUAAUAUGGAGAAUGAAGUCAAAGAAACACUUGGAAACGGUUUCACUAGCAAUUCUGCUUCGCUAGAGGUAUGUAUCAGACACGCUCAUGUUUGAAUACAUGUAUCAAACACAAGUAUUUAAGGAAGAAGAAAAGAAGCCCUUUAUUCUAUAUAUCCUUAUUGAUAAAUAGAAAUACAAUUUUGUUUUCUCCAAAA